CGGAAAAACUGUUACCUCAAGGACUUCGUCAAUGUAUCGCUGAGCUGUAACGUUGCCCUCAAUCUGCACCAAACAUCACACUUCCACCGCCCCACCGGGUAGCUUGAACAACGAACCGAAAUAACCGAUGUGCCAUCCAGUCUUUCCCAAACAAAAUGGAAGAGUUGCCAUAGUGACGGGAGGUGCCAAAGGGAUUGGUUAUGAAACUGCAAGGCAUCUGGCAAGGCUUGGAAUGCACAUUAUAAUAGCUGGAAAUUCAGAAAACGAGGGCCAAGAGGCAGUGAAACGGAUCAAAGAAGAGAACCUAAAUCAAAAAGUGGAGUUCAUUCAUCUUGACCUGACUUCCUUGAAGUCUGUUCAUUGGUUUGUCAAGAAGUUCAACGACAGAGGACUUCCACUUCACAUUCUAGUCAAUAAUGCUGGGGUCAUGUUGGUUCCAGAGAGAACAACGCAGGAUGGCUUUGAAGAGCACAUCGGUUUGAACUACCUGGGGCACUUCCUUCUCACGAAGCUGCUCCUGGACAAGCUAAAGCAGUCUGGGUGCCAGGAGUCCAGCGCCCGCAUUGUCACAGUAUCCUCAGCCACUCAUUACUGUGGAGAACUGGACCUGGAGGACCUGCAGAGCUGUAGCUGUUACUCAUCACACCGUGCAUAUGCCCAAAGCAAGCUUGCCCUUGUGCUGUUUACCUACUACCUGCAGCAGCGCCUGACAGCAGAGGGGAGCCAUGUAACAACCAAUGCAGUGGACCCAGGAGUGGUGAACACAGACCUCUACCAGAAUAUCUGCUGGCCGGCUCAACUCCUCAAGGGGCUGGUGGCUGGGCUGCUCUUCAGGACCCCAGAGGAGGGAGCCUCAACUUCAAUAUAUGCAGCAGCUGCACCAGAGCUGGAGGGAGUCGGAGGCUGUUAUCUCUACAAUGGUCAAAGGACAAAGUCUGCAGAUGCCUCGUACGAUGAGGAACUUCAAAGCCGACUCUGGACUCUGAGCUGCAGCCUUGUUGGGAUUCAGGAGCAGCACCGCAAGGCUUACUGAGUAGUCCAGUUCAUUCAUUCCAAAUGGAAGUUGACAUUAAAAGUGCUUUUACUUGGUGUUCCUCCUGCUGUUGAUUGUCCAUGAGGGGCUGCCCUUUCUGCUUUUGUGCAUAGACAAGACAAUCUUAUAUUACUGUUGUCAGAGCCAAUAAACAAAAAAACAAACAUAUCAGAACAUACUGGCUGGUGUUGGGGAAAACAAAAAAUACAUGUUAAUCCAUCCAAAGCCACUGCUAGGAUAAACACUGAUCGAACCUUGCCAUCAUGUGCAAUAUUAUAAUAUGAAUUCUGCCUACAACCUGCCUCUAUUGUAGCGCAGAUUUACAUGGAAUAAAUUACCAAGUGAUAGCAAGGUCCUCAGAAACAACUAGGAGCUCCUGGAUCUAUAUAUAGCUGCAUCUGUCAUGGUUGCAUCUUACAAAAUAUUUUCAUAUGAAGUAAAUCUCUCUAUAGGUACAGCGUUAUUGUUCCUCUUUGACUUCUGAGUUUCAAACAACAUCAAUACAAUGUAUAAUCCUCCAUCUUCUACAGUUUUGUAUAGAUUAGUUAUCGGUUGCUGGGGGAACCGCAUGAAACGUACAGGAUAGAGGAGGUUGCAGAGGCAAUCAGUGUUGUUUUUGGAAGUAAAUUAAUUGAAAGUUGCCAUAGACCUGCUACCAGCUGGUGUUCUUUCUCUCUGCUGCACUGUGAACAGACAUAGCUACAAGCUUCCCCACAGCAAGUGCCUGUCAGUUCUGUGGCCUGGGAAGGGUUAGCAGGGCACUUAACUGUGCAGACAAUAGACUCACUUCUUAAUAUCCUGCCAUAUUAGAAAUGAUUCACUCAGCGAGAUGCUGUUUCUAUAGAGGUGAUAUUGUGAUUUCAAGCCAUUUCUUUAGCAUGCUCAUAGACUUCUAGCAUCUGUUUUUCAUUCAUUGUUUUUAAAUGAAAUGAAGGGAUCCGGGUCACACGCUGUUGUUACCUAUGCAUUGUAUACUGCAGUUUCAUGAAUACACUACAGUAUAUGAUUUUGAUAUUCAUGCAUAUCAUUUUCUAGAUAACCUCAAAUUGUAAAGAAAUCGAGCAUUACAGCAAAUCCAGGGCUUGAUAAGGAUGACAUUAUUUUGUAGAAGGGUUGUAAUAGGAGUAUACUUUUCUAAUCAAGGACACUUUUAAAUAUGCUCUAGAACUGCAUCAUUGUUCUACAUUUCAUUUUAGCACCCGCUUCAUGUAUUAAUACCUUUAAACAGGUACGUUCAUUUAUAUUGAGAAUGGUAGUAGCUGUAUCAAGAUGCCACUCUGUUUUCUAAUGUACUGCACUGUAAUGAUAUUUGCUUUGCAAAUCUAGCUGAUAAAAUAAGAAAGGGAAUAGCUAUGGGAGCUAUAGCCAGGAGCCACUAACGUGGUAAAAAGUAAAAUGUCAGACAACAUGUUUUAAAUAUUUUGACAAGCACUGUGAUAUUCUCAUACGUACUGCUGUAAGUCUUCAUUAAUAAUGCAUGCAGAUCUGGGGCAUGGCUUUCAUAACAUUAGCUCAAAGCCCUGGCCAAACCAGACAGCUUUCAUCAAAUUAAAAAAAAACAAUGAUGCACCAUUCAACUUUAAAUUGGUGCAGAAGUUACCUUGGCUAACUUGUGACUUUAUUUAAUCUUUUGAUUAUUUUUUUUCCAGAAUAAUAAUUUGUUUCUCUGAAACUGUUUUUUUUUUUCUGUAAAAGGUAAAGUUAGAACAUUACAACUUAUGAUUCAACAGUGUAAAACAUACUGCUUCGUAGACAGACCUGGACAGAAUCUCUUUGUCCGUUUUCAUUAUAAUACCAAUGUGAAACAUGUCACCUAUGUGAAAAGCAAUAUAUAGGCUUGGUAGUUGUUUUUUUUUUUUCUUAUAAACCCUGUUUGUCCAUCAUGAAAGCCUUAUGUUGAUGUAGCACAUGGGAACUGCUGUCGAAAUGUGUGCUGCAGCCACGUACAGUUUGAGUGUAUGAACAAUAACAGAUUGUGAACAUGCACAUGAGUGUUAAAAGUCAUAACCUGAGAGACAAUACUGAGGGGCUUGUUUUAAAAUAUGUCUCCCCAUCUGCUGGUAAAUGCCUGUAAAAACAUUUAUAGCCAGUUGCUCUACACAGCUCUGACCCACAGAAAUCUAUACAACACUCCGUUUUAUUUCCUUUUAAACCAAACAAUAUACAUAUUUAUUCUGAUAUAUUCAUAUUUAAACUCUUUGCAAAAUGUACUAAAUGUUCUGUCUUCUCCAAAAUACCAUGCCUUUGGAUUGGAUACAUUCAUUGUUAGCAAAAUUACACUUUUGUAGUCCCUGCUUCUGUCACAUUUCCAGAUAUUCAAGUGAUGAAACUAGUUAAGGACAUCCUUCAGCACAAGUUAUUGAGCUUGUCAGCAUCUCAAAUACAUACUGUAUGUAGGCCCCAUGUCCGUCAGUCUGUAUGUAUGUACAUACAUUCAUCCUUAAAGAACACGUUUAUUAAUGCAGGUUUCCUUGCACAGCGCGUUCCAUUUAAACACUGCUCCUGCAAACGCUACAGGUGUUGCCUCUUAAUUGUGCAAAUUGUUUUCCCUGUUGAUCACAAUUCUGAUUUCCACAUUAAUUUAUAAAGUGAUAUUUACAGUGUGUUUACCUGAAUUAAACAUUCAUUUAAAAUAUAACUUAUUAAUGAGUCGGAGUGUCUUGGAGAAAUUGUUUGAAGUUUAUUUUUUACCUUUAUCAAAUAUUGUUUUUUAAUCAAUAUUCUCAGUUGUAUCUGUAUGUUUUUAUAUAGAAAGCAAGUUAUUCUUGCACUUUAAUCAACUAUUAGAUUAUAUCAAAUGAUUUCAAGUGAGGACCAAAGUGAGGUACUGUGUGUAUUAACCUUUUCAGAUGAGUAUGUAAUAAGCAUACUCAAAGUGGUGUGUAGUAUUAUUGUGAUGAGAAAAAUGAUCAUGAAAAGUCAGCGUUGGUUCAUUGCUGUUCUGUUGCCACUUAAACGUUCUUCUCAAGAGGUAGAAUUGUGUUUCACUUCUAGCAUCCUUUCACUUAUUGUGAUUGUCAGUAUUUUAUUUUUAAUGAAAAAUCAAAGACAUAGUUCAGAUAAAUUCUGACCCAUAUUAUUUUCUGAGUGUAUUCAUCUUUUACUUCCAGACAUUACUUAAAUAAAAGUUCAUAUCAACCACUUUUAUCAAUACUUUGACAUUUAUGGGAACCUGAAGUUGUCAAAGAAUAUUCUCUCACCUUUUAUAUGGUCUGUAUACUGCAGUUGUUUUAAUUCACAAUGCGAAGCCUGGCAGAACGUUGGUAACUGAAAUAAGUAGAUGCAUUAGUUACUGCACACAGGUAUGUACAGAUUGCACUGUAUAAGAUAUUGCUUCUGCAGAUUCCCUUUAGGACAAAAAAGGCUUAACCUAAAAGCAGUGUGUGCAACACCUGUGCAACAUUUGGUUUUUCACAAUUCAUAUUUAUUCAAAAAUAAUGGUAAAUUGAAGUUAAAUGUAGACCUGUAAGGGGAUGGGAAAUCAAGUCAGAAGGAAAAUAACACUUUUAAAAGUACCAGGAAGUAAAAGGUUAAAGUCCUGGGAAUUAUAGGGUCAUCGUCAACCCCAGAAGAGCCUGCAACAAUGUGUGCCAUGUGUGCUAUUUCAAUGUCUGUAUAUCUAUGUAUUUAUAUAUUAUGUAUGUACUAUAGAUACACUGCCUGGCUACUUUAUUAGAACCUAUAUACCCGAUUUGGAUUUGGAUUUGGCUUAAGUUUACUUAGGCAUCUAUGAGGAUCAAGUCCACCCAAAAAUGUUGCAGCUGUACUAAUGGCGAUGGCUUCAAGAUGGUAAUGCACCCAUCGAAUUGUCCCAGUAUUGUGCACUAAUGGUUUAGGGUAUUAUAGAGACUUCAGGCAUCUUCCAUGGCUACCGCAAUCCCUGGAUCUCAAUCCAUUUGAGCAUGUUUUGGGUGGCCUUGAAUGACACAUUCAUUAUCAAGAUCAUCUGCCUAUCUCUCUGCACCUAUUGCGUGAAACAUAACUGAAUGGAUUAGAGACACCUUCCAGCACUGUGAUCAGUACAUACAGUGGCCCAGCACUAUAUUAGGUAAAGAUCCUAAUAAUGUGGACAGUCGGUGUAAAUAUACAGUAUAUAUGUAUAUAUUUGUAUAUCACAAAUUUUGACAGCAAAUCGCAACACUGAUCCAGGUAUUUACUGUAUCUUCUUGUGUGGAUGUCUACGUGUGUAACAAUAACUGUCGUCCAUAGUGAAUUUGUAUAUAAAAAUCAGUCACAUCUUUAACGAAGAAGUCAUGCAAGGUUCCAUUUCCAAGAUGCUGGCAGACUGCUUUCUAAUACGUUGUACCUACAAGCUUUUGUCAACAUAGUGGAGUUGUCACAGUGAUUCUAUCUUUGUUACCCAUGAUUUUUAAAAUGUUUGUCACAAAAUGUUGUAACUUAUCAACUUAUGAUUGUUGUAUUUGUGUAAGAUUUUGAGGCGUAAUAUAUACAGUAUGUGCAGUCAGACACUCGAAAAAUUAAGUAUUAAUAAACCUCUUUUUUUUUUGUAAAA